AACAUCCCAUCAACCCUGAGUGUGUUGACACAUGCGCAAGUUUGACGCUGUAGAGGAAAAGUGUUAUGAUUUUUCAGAUCUGCUUCAUCGAAAUGCUGUGAUGAUUUGUUUGUAGAAUUCUACAAACAAAGUCUUGAGUUAUUGUUCACUAUAAGUAAAAAAAAAUGAGUAACUACACAAGGAUGUCCCCUCCAGCCUCCCCGACUUCUUCCUCCUUCAGUAAUGGAGAUCCAGCCCAGGGCAAGCAGGAGACGAGAUUGACAGCAACAGCCAAACGACAAAAAUAUCUCAGACGACUUCUGAAGUUCAAACAGAUGGAUUUUGAAUAUGCCAUUUGGCAAAUGAUUUAUCUCUUCGUAUCACCACAGAAAGUAUAUAGGAAUUUUCAAUACAGAAAAUACACAAAAGACCAGUGGGCUAGAGAUGAUCCAGCAUUUUUAGUGUUGCUUAGUUUUUGGCUUGUGGUCUCCUCCAUUGGAUUUUCUUUCACACUCGGCAUCCAUUUCUCUGGUUUCCUCAAACUAAUACUGUGGGUCGUUUUUGUUGAUUGUAUAGGAGUGGGUUUGGUCAUAGCUACAUUUUUCUGGUUUCUCUCCAACAAAUACAUGAUUCAGGCCCCACCUCGAGGCCAGGAUGUGGAGUGGGGAUAUGCAUUUGAUGUUCAUCUAAAUGCUUUCUAUCCUUUACUUAUGAUUCUUCAUUUGUUUCAACUGGCUUUUCUUGGUUUAAUUAAUGGAGAGAGUUAUUUUGGACUGUUAUUUGGGAACACACUGUGGCUAGUGGCCUUGACCUAUUACAUUUACAUAACCUUUCUGGGAUACAGCGCCCUGCCAUAUCUGAAGAACACUCGGAACUUGUUAUUUCCAUGUAUUGCCAUCAUACUAGUUUAUGUGCUAUCCCUAAUAUUUCAUUGGAACUUCAGCAAAGGACUUUGCUACUUUUAUAAAUUCCGAGUCAUGUAAUCUUGCAAUUUCAUCCAUACGUUGUGCUUGAUCUUCAAAAUGACAGAAUACCUUGUCGUGGACUCGCUUAUCUGCCAACCAGUGCCCAUCAGUGUACAUGUGUUGAGACAGUAGAGAAAAUAAGCUGCCGGAAAAGCAGGGAUCGUAUUCGUGGUCCAAGCAUUUGUUUUAUUUUUAUCAUGUGAUCUGUACAUAUAACGCUUGUUUUUGUAUGUAGCUCUUUGUUAUAGAUUAUAUUUAUUGACAUUAAUUUGGACAUCAUACUGAUAUUCUGUUAUGCAACAUUGGUGACAUCUUGCAUGUUUCAAAUAAGGGACACUAUAGUAUAGUGACCACAAUGUAUGCAGGUUUGAAAAUAAAAAACAAGACAAUCUUUUUUCAAUUUAUCAGAUAUAUUUUGUAGUACUUGCAGAAAAAAUACAGGCACAUAGCAUCGCAGUGGGACCCAACUUUUUCUUGCAGCCAAUAUUUUUUAUAUUUGUAUAUAAAAAUCAAAUCAAGGAGUUGGUCCUUCCAUUUAUUGGGGGGGGGGGGUAAAAAACCUGAGAGUGAAAAUAAGGAAAUUAACAAUAAAAUUGAAUUUACAUGUAUAUAUAAACCCCAACCUCCCCCCCCCCCCAACCAGACACAGGAGUAAGAGUUUUUUCUUUUGAUUUUUUUUGCUUGUCGAUUUUAAGGAUCAUUCUUCUCUUUUUCAGAAGCAAUGCUUUGUACCUGAAAUACAUGUAUUAUAUCUAUUGUUGGAAUAGCUCAAAUUUGUGAGCUUUUUAUUUUACUAUUAAUGGAUUAAAACUGCAAUUAAUACA